GGAGGAUGGAGAGCUGGAGGAAGGGGAGCUGGAGGACGACGGAGGGGAGGAGGCGCAGGACCCCUCCGAAUCUCGAGAGAGAAGUCGGAAGGAGAAAGGGGAGAAGCACCACAGCGAUUCGGACGAUGAGAAAGCCCAUCGACGGAUGAAGCGCAAGCGUCGGAAAGAGAGGGAGAAGGAGAAGAGGAGAUCCAAGAAGAAAAGGAAAUCCAAACACAAGCGCCACGCUUCUUCCAGCGAUGACUUCUCCGAUUACAGCGAGGACUCGGACUUCAGUCCCGGGGAAAAGGGGCACAGAAAAUACCGGGAAUACAGCCCUCCCUACUCCUCCUCCCACCAGCAGUAUCCGUCCUCUCACAACGCCCCCAUGCAAAAGAAGAGCUACUCUAAAAUGGAGAGCAAGAGCUACGGCAUGUACGAGGACUACGAGAACGAGGAGUACGGCCAUUACGAGGGGGAGGAGGAUGAAGUUAUGGGGAAGGAAGAUUACGACGACUUUGCAAAAGAGCUGAAUCAGUACCGGAGAGCGAAGGAAGGCUCUCACCGGGGCCGAGGUGGCCGUGGCCGAGGCAGAGGCUACCGGGGGCGAGGUGGCAGGGAGAGAGGAGGCCGAGGCAUGGGCCGAGGGAACCGUGGGCGAGGCAGGCCUGACCACCCCGAGGAAGAUGAGGAAAUGUAUGAGGAAGAGAUGGAAUACUGCGAUAACGACGAGCCCAUGGUCGACGACGAGUACGACGACUACUCGAAAGAGCUGAAUCAGUACCGCAGGAGCAAGGAGAAUCGUGGACGGGGUUUAAAUCGGGGACGUGGCCGUGGCCCCAGAGGAAGAGGAAACAAAGGAAUGGGUCGAGGACGGGGCAGAGGUGGAAACAGAAGCGGAAUGGGGAAAGGUGGUGGAAUGAACGAAGACGACGAUUACUACGACGACGACAUGGGAGACGGAGGAGGUGGCGGAAACUACCGGCGGAACGACCACGACAAACCCCACCAGCAGUCGGAUAAGAAAGGGAAAGUGAUCUGCAAAUACUUUGUGGAAGGCAGAUGUACCUGGGGCGACCACUGCAACUUCAGUCACGACAUCGAACUGCCGAAGAAACGGGAACUGUGCAAGUUCUACAUCACCGGCUACUGCGCCCGGGCGGAGAACUGCCCCUACAUGCACCCAGGUCCUCCUCCCCCCAGGUUCCCCGGGCCAGGGGGACCGCCAGGACCGAUGCCUGGCCCCAUGCACCCCGACAUGCACCCCGACAUGCACCCUGACAUGCAUCCCGACAUGCACCCGGACAUGCACCCCGACAUGCACCCGGACAUGCACCCGGACAUGCACCCCGACAUGCCGAUGGGCCCGGGAAUGAACCCCGGCCCUCCCAUGGGUCCCGGCCCCCCCAUGAUGCCCUACGGACCGGAUGAUUCCCCCCACUCCGGCAUGAUGCCGCCCGUCCCGCCGGCGCCAGCCUUCUACGACAAUUUUUACCAGCAGCAGGAAGGUCUGGAGAUGGAUCACGGCAUGAUGGGAGACCCAGAAGACUACGGCGGUUACGAGGACAUGGAGGUGCCUCCAGGAGAGCACAUGUUCCCGGAUCCGUCCUUGGAUCACGACGCCUUGUGCGAAGGGGGCCCGCCCGGCUUGCCGAAGCCGCCGGGCAGCAUCCCCGAUUUCAUGCCGUCGGCACAGAGAGCGCUGUACUUGAGAAUCCAGCAGAAGCAGCAAGAGGAAGAGGAGCGAGCUCGGAGGCUGGCUGAGAGCAGCAAGCAAGAACGCGAAAAUGAGGAAGGCGAUACCGGUAACUGGUAUUCCAGUGACGAAGACGACGGUGGAAGCAGCGUCACCUCCAUCUUGAAAACCCUCCGGCAGCAAAGCUCCGGCAGAGCCUCCCACGGAGAGAUCGGACCCCCCUCCGCCGUCAGCGACCCUCGCCUGCAAAAAGCCCAGGCGGGAGGGAGCGGUCGCCCCGCCGAUCCGCGUUUACGGGAUCCCAGGCUUUCCCGGAACGCCGACCUUUCCGUCCCGGCUCUCCCCGGGGAUUCGGGACCCACCGACCCCCGACUCGCGCGACACAUUCCCUCCUCCGUGCCCAAGCCAGAAGCUCCUCAUUCCGGCGUCGGCCAGAAACCCCCCCUGCUCCCCGAGGAGGAGGAAGGGGAAAGGGCUCUGCGGGAUAAGCCCGUCAGCAUCCCCUUGGAUGCUCUCCCGGGCCAUUCCCUGCGGGAUCCCCGCUCCCAGCUCCAGCAGUUCAGGCACAUCAAGAAAGACGUCGUCCUCAACAAGCCCAACUUCGCCCGCCUGGUCCUGUGGAGCCCGGAGGAUCUGAUCCCGCUCCCCAUCCCCAAGCAGGAGUUCGUCCCCGUCCCGGCUGCCCUUCAAUCCAUGCCCACCCUCGACCCGCGUCUUAACAGGCCCCAGUCGGGUCUUUCCGACCCCAGGCAGAGUCGGGGAACGGCGCCGGGAGACGCCGGGCCCUCGUCGGGCACCGGGCUCCCCGAUUUCGAGCUCCUCUCGAGGAUAUUAAAGAAUGGCAACGCCGUCG